AUGAAGGUUAACCAUCUCCUGUCCUGGGCCUUCCUGCUCGUGGCCUCUGGCCCCCUGCUGGCUCACCCCAUCACAGAAUCUGCCGAGAUGCCUUAUCCAGGACCUGUAUCAGUGGAGGACAGAGGAGUCGGCGCCCUGGAUGAUCUGUCUCUCUCGGAGCAAACCUUCCCUCCUCAGGACGGGCUUAGAUAUUCAUCGCUGAUAUCUGGGGAGUUUAACAGAGAUGGUGUCAGAACAACAGGCCUGCUCCCCAGAGGGAUGAAAAGAGAUGUCCUGCUGGAGAAACAAAGUCUCCUAAAUCCUUUCAGCCACAUGCUGGGCAUCCGGAAGCAGUUCCGGAAGAGAUCAGGGAAUACUGAGUGUUUCUGGAAGUACUGCGUCUAA